GUAGAAAACUUUUUUUGAACAGUUCCAAGCAACGUCGUGCAACAUUCGAAAGCCACGAAAGUUUUGUGCGGCUAAACGUGCUUUUCCCUAUUCUCUGUUUGUCGUCGUCGACGUCGUCAUUUACUGCGGCUUCUUGGUCGCGUUUGUGUGUGGAGUGCAUGUGCUAGCUGAUGUAUGGAUUUCCAGCAUCAGUUUCUUGGCAAUGCGGUUUUGCAAAUUGUUUGCAAGGAAUCAAGCUUUAAUUUGACAAAAACAACAACAACAACAAAAGCUAAGCAAAGCAACAAAUACCAAACAACUACUAUAUUUAUUCCUAAAUGAUACCAUAAAAGUGUGUGUGUGUAAAGGAACAAAAGAAAGCCAAGCAAGCAUGUGAAAAACAACAACAUACCAAAAUCUAGUAGAAAACAAAAAACAACAACAAAGAACAACAACAACAACCACCUUAACCCUCCUCUGAAAAAGAAGAAGAAGAAGAAAACGACGACAACAACAACAAGAACAAAAAGAUACUACUUUAACGCAAGAAGAAAGAACACCAACAAACAAUAAUAGAAUAAUACAAGUUUGAAAAAAGGGAACAUAUACAACACAUUUUCUCUCUCACUCUCUCUCACACUCACUCUCUGUGUCUUUCAAAGUCUUUUUGUUGAAAACUACAAGCAAAGGAGAAGAAGAAUAAGAGAAAAACGACAAGUAAUUUUAAAAUUGACGUAAUUACACUCAGGAUUCAAAAACAAAAAAAAAAAGAAAAACAUAAAUAGUAGCGACCAAUCCAAACAAAAACCAAACAAUUUUACCAAGGAACCCAUAACGAAAGGAAAGCAGAGCAUCCCGUACUCGCAGACAGCAGCCACCACCGCUAACGGAAGAGGUGCGAGGACGUUAGGAGGGAUUGGUGCAUUGCAAGCUUAGACGAUUUGUGAAACAUUCGUCUGCACCUUUCCACCACAGCUUCUCUCACAUUUUUGUUUGCUGAACCGUGCCACAAUUUUGUCAAAAUAAGUUUUCACACGGCACACUGAAGAUCAUCCAUCCACCAUGGAUGACGAUCAGCAAUUUUGCUUGAGAUGGAAUAACCAUCAGAGUACACUGAUCAGUGUAUUCGAUACACUGCUGGAAAAUGAGACAUUAGUCGAUUGCACAUUGGCCGCCGAAGGCAAAUACUUGAAAGCCCACAAAGUUGUCCUGUCGGCGUGUAGUCCCUAUUUUGCGACGCUGCUACAAGAGCAAUAUGAUAAACAUCCAAUUUUUAUAUUGAAAGAUGUGAAAUACCAAGAAUUGCGGGCCAUGAUGGACUACAUGUAUCGUGGCGAGGUGAAUAUCUCCCAGGAUCAGUUGGCUGCCUUGUUGAAGGCCGCAGAAUCUCUACAGAUUAAAGGCCUGUCGGACAAUCGCUCCGGCGGUGGUGCGUCACAGCCUAAACCCGAUCACCAUAGAGCCAGCAUGCCGGGCAAAUUGAGCGGCGGUUAUACGCUGGAACAGACGAAACGAGCACGCAUUACAGGUGCUGGUGGUCCGGCCAUGGAUGCCAGCGAAAUUGGCUCGCGAGAGGGUUCAUCUAGUCCGUCGAGAAGACGUAGAAAAGUGAGACGCAGGAGCAUUGAAAAUGCCAUGACUGAUGUCCAUGAUAAUUCCAACUCAUCACAACAACCAACACAAUCGAAUGCCUCCGGUUUGGGCGCCAUUACAGCUUUGGCUGCAGCUGCUGCUGCUGUACCUACAACCGCCGCUUUAGCAUCCACAGUAGUCCCCCUAUCCGCUACACAACAACAACCACAGCAAUCCUCCUCAUCAGCUGUUGUACCAGCUGCGCCCGGCACGACCUUAAGCUCCUCAAAAAAGACUGACAAUGUUAAAGGAUCCACUCAACACCAACAACAACAACAAGAUGCCAUGAAUACCGAUAAUGUACAAGGUCCUGCCGCCUCAGCCACACCCGCUAUGGACACCGAAGCCACAGAUGCCAGUGCUGCCGACAAAUCGAAUCAUAAACAACAGAAAUCUGCUGCUACUGCUGGUGCAUCAAAAGACACUUCAAGUGUCACCGGCUCGGAAUUGGUAAUCGAACCCAAAGCGGAAUACGACGAUGAGGCAAAUGAUGAAAACGUUGAGGAUUUGACAUUAGAUGAAGAGGAUAUGGGUAUGGACGAUUUGGAUCAUAAUGCUGGCACAAGUCAAGGUGGUGAAGGAUCUAGUCAAGGAUAUGCACCCUGGCAACACGAUAGAUCUCAGGAUGAAUUAUUAUUGGCAACACAAGAAGCACAGCAACGGGAUCCUCAAGCCAAACAAGACAAGUCCGAACAAACCGAUAUCAGCCCAGAUGACUUUGAACUGGAUGAUUGCCUGCUGGAGAGCAAUGACAUUGUAAUCACCCAAAAUAAGGAUGGUUUCAUAUUGCAUGUCAAGAAAUUGGGUAACAUUACAACCGCCAAGCUAUCAUCACAGGAUGAGGAUCAAGUGGCCGCAGCUGCUGUGGCCGCUGCCACCAGUGGUCAUGUGACGCAGUCACAACAAUCGGCCCAAAUCACUGAGAUUCAGGAAGUGCAGGAUGUCAAGCCCACAUUUACCACUUUGACUACAAGUCCGUCUAUUAAAUUGCCCUCUACAGAGUGUGAGCUAAUCAAUUUGAAGAAGAUAAUCCCCUCCUCGACGACAAUCUCCACACAUCAUCCGCAUGCAACCAUUAUACAAACCCAACAGAUACCAGCAACUCAUAUACAACAACAACACCAUCAACAACAGCAUCAGCAACACCAGCAACAUCAGCAACAACAUCAUCAUCACCAGCAGCAACAGCAACAACAACAACAGCAGCAGCAUCAUCACCAGCAUCAUCAACAAACCGAACAUCAAGAGAUAAUUGUCCAUCAACACCAUCCGCAGCAGCAGCAUCACCAACUGCAACACCAUCCGCAAGUACAAAGUAUUGUUACCACCUCUCCCACGGCGCAAACCAUCAAUUUGAUGGGGUUGCGCAACGUUCAGAUCACCGAACAGAAGCCCAUAGUGUCCCGCAUUAAAUAUUCACGCGGCAAAGUCAUUACCGCACCCACAACGGGCAGUGUGCAAAUUGUGCAGACCCAUGAUGCCCAAACGCAUGAGAUUACCGAUGGCACCAAAUAUGAGAUUAGCGAAAUCGACUUGAACAAUCCGCAAACUUCGGCGGCGAUUAUCAGCGAUCUGGUGAAAUAUGCCGAAAUCGAUGAUAUCGAACUGCCGGAUGGCACUAAAAUCGGCAUUGGCUUUGCACCCACAGAGAUCACCGAACAUAUGCAAACGACAGCCACCACCGCCCAAAUAACCACCAUUGAUGCCGAUGGCACAACACAUCAGUUGCAAACACAUCAGCCGCAACAUCAUCAGUUGCAUGCGACCCAGGUGCAUCACAUACAAACGGCAGUGCAGGCGACUGGCCAACAACAACAACAGCAACAUCAUAUUGUCCAACAACAACAACAAGCAGGCACCACUCAUGUAGUGCACCAUCAGCAAUUGCAUUUACAAGAACAGGAUGACAAUACCACCAGUGUGGAGGCGAUAUUGCCGGACACCAUAACGGUGCACGAACAGCCCUCGAUAACCAAAAGCUAUACCAUAUUGACAGCCAGACCCAUGAAACAGGAAUCCACAACCCUAAGCGAAUUGGAUCAUACCACAGGCACUACCUAUGAGCUAUCGUUGAGUGAUUCAUCGCUGGGACCCAACGAUGAGAGAGGUGACGAGUCGAAAUAUGUGUGCCGCCAUUGUGGCAAGAAGUAUCGCUGGAAAUCAACACUGAGGCGUCAUGAGAAUGUUGAGUGUGGUGGCAAGGAGCCAUGCCAUCCGUGUCCCUACUGCACGUACAAAGCCAAGCAACGUGGUAAUUUGGGAGUACAUGUGCGUAAACAUCAUCCGGAUAAGCCACAGUUGGAAAGUAAGAGAGGACGUAAGAUUUAAACACGAAUGCGCCACACGUUGCGUGAUGACGUUGCAGUGAAAUGAAGGAGAAAUUCGGGUGUCGAGAGGAGUAAGGUGAAGUUGAGUGCAUAGCGAACAUUGGGCAUUUGCAAGGCAGCACGUGAGUAGGAAAUGUUUUAGUUUCUUAUUUCUUUCCUAAUUUUCUUAUCUCUUGGUUCUAUUAUUGUCACAAUUUUUGUUUAUAUAUUUCUCAUUGAUGUGAUUUUUGCAAAGAGAAACAAGGGAGGGAAACACUAAAAACUAAAGGUUAGAUAUUAAUCCGCCCCACCAUAUCACUAUGGACAAACACCAAAGCCAGUAAUCGGCUUGUUGUGCGCUCUAAAAACUCUAAAAAACUAAAGAAUAUAAAAAGGGAAAUAAAAACUAAAAGAAAUUGGAGUUGCUCCUAAUCUCCUUAGUAUGGAGGUUAUUCGAAUCGCGCUAUUCCGUUUCUUAUCGUUUUUAGUCAUUUGAACUUCUUCAGAUUCUAAGUAGUUCUAUGGCUAGAAUUGUCUAUUAGCCCGUCGGCAUAACAAUAACGUUUAAAGGUUUUCACCUAAAAUUUUACACAGCUACCUUUAAUGGAGGUCUUUGGUGUUGUUCUUAUUGUUGUUGUAACUACAUUUUCUUGUGGGGGCGGCGAUCCUCGUCAAGCUCCUGUAGAUGAGCAAGCUUGUUUCAAUCCAAAAGACCGAUUGCCGCGGAAACACAGCGGUAAUUGGUUAUUUAAAGACUCCAAUAACUCGCCUUGUCAUAUCAAACAUCAUAGGCACUCAGUAUUUGUGCAAGAGCCGGCGCCUCCCGGCCUCUCACUGAGACUCUCCGGUCGAUACCGCGAUUGUCCGCAACUGCCGUUGCAGCUACUCAGUAUGGAGCAUUCCUCUAUCCGCAACCUGUGGACGCGCCCGGUAGCUCGCAUCUAAGCUUCUCGUGACAGCAAAAACAUCACACUGAUCAGACCUCAAAGUUCCAGCUUGAGUGGUGCACACAGCUAUGCCUUGCCGGGAGGUCUUUGGUAGGUCUCUUGAGCUCUUUGACUUAAAAUCAAGUAAAGUACGGCUCCACUUAGGCCUUUCAACACCCACAUAAACUACGGUUCCACUUAGGCCUUCCCACACCCACGUUAACUACGGCUCAGAGAGGUCCUAAAAUAGAUAUUGGUCCAUGUGAAUCGAUUUCAAUUAUCACCGAUUAGGUUGAUAUUUUGGUAUGUUAUACCGUUAAGAACUGAUAUUUUUGUUUCACACUUAAAUAUUAUAGAGCCUUCCCAUGGCAGACGGUUGUACGAACCGGAUUUACCCGAUGAAGUUCUUCAUCGGCAAGGGCUGCCGCCUCAUUGCACAACACACUGCAACACCAACAACAAGAGCCUUCUCUGAUAUUGUUAUACCCUUCAGCUCUACUGUGGUACAGGGUAUUAUGACUCAGUGCAUUUGUUUGUAACACCCAAAAGGAAGAGAGAUAGAGCCAUUGAUAAAUCUACCGAUCGACUCAGAAUUAAUUUCUGAUUCGAUUUAGCUAUGUCCGUCUGUCUGUCUGUCCGUCCGUCUGUCCAUGUUAAUUUGUAUACAAACUACACGUCGCAAAUUUCAUCGGAUCGUCUUCAAAUUUGGUAUGGGUAUGUUUUUCGGCCUAGAGACGAAGCCUAUUGGAAUUGGAAAAAAUCGGUUCGUCCGAUUUGCAGCAAUACUUCAAUAAAAUGGUAAUUUGUAGGAUGGAUUUUUUUAUGACUCUCAAUAUUACUGGUGAAUUUUAUAAAAAUCGGUUCAGAUUUGUUGACCGAUUCUCUUGAAAUUUUGUAGGAUGGAUUUUUUUAUGACUCUCGAUAUUAAAAGUGAAUUUCAUAAAAAUCGGUUCAAAUUUGGAUAUAGUCCCAUAUAUAUGUUCGUCCGAUUUGCAGUAACACAUCAAUAAAAUGAUCAUUUGUUGACCGAUUCUCUUGAAAUUUGGAAUGAUGGAUUUUCUUAUGACUCUCGAUAUUAAAAGUGAAUUUCAUAAAAAUCGGUUCAAAUUUGGAUAUAGCUCCCAUAUAUAUGUUCGUCCGAUUUGCAGUAAUACAGCAAAAAAAUGGUCAUUUGUUGACCGAUUCUCUUGAAAUUUUGUAGGAUGGGUUUUUUUAUGACUUUCAAAAUUACUGGUGAAUUUCAUAAAAAUUGGUUCAGAUUUUGAUAUAGCUCCCAUAUAAUAUGUUCGUUCGAUUUGCAGUAAUACUGCAAUAAAAUGAUCAUUUGUUGACCGAUUCUCUUGAAAUUUGGAAUGAUGGAUUUUCUUAUGACUCUCGAUAUUAAAAGUGAAUUUCAUAAAAAUCGGUUCAAAUUUGGAUAUAGCUCCCAUUUAUAUGUUCGUCCGAUUUGCAGUAAUACAGCAAAAAAAUGGUCAUUUGUUGACCGAUUCUCUUGAAAUUUUGUAGGAUGGGUAUUUUUAUGACUUUCAAAAUUACUGGUGAAUUUCAUAAAAAUUGGUUCAGAUUUUGAUAUAGCUCCCAUAUAAUAUGUUCGUUCGAUUUGCAGUAAUACUGCAAUAAAAUGGUCAUUUGUUGACCGAUUCUAUUGCAAUUUGACAGGAAGGAUUUUCUUAUAACUCUCGAUAUUAAAAGUGAAUAUUAUAGAAAUCGGUUUAGAUUUGGAUAUAGCUCCCAUCUAUAUGUUCGUCCGAUUUGCAGUAAUACAGCAAUAAAAUGGUCAUUUGUUAACCGAUUCUCUCGAAAUUUGGCAGGAAAGAUUUUCUUAUAACUACUCCAUAUUUCAUAGAAUUCGGUUCAGAUUUAGAUAUAUCUCUCAUAUAUAUAUAUCACCCGAUUUUCACUCCUAGACCCACUGCAAGCGCAUUUAUUUACCAAUCUUCCCAAAAUGUUGUACAACGCUUUCCUCGACGAAUUUCACACCAUUUCGACCAUAAAGUUUGGUCGAAUUCGGUUCAGAUUUUCAGAUACAGCUCCCGUGUAUUUGUUCGUCAGAUUUUGGAUAAUUUGUUGUCAUUUGUCAACCGUAGUUAUUACAUUUUAAACAUAUUUGCUUUGCUCGAAAUUUGAUACAGGAAUUUUAAUAAUCAAUCUGGAUACAUCCGCCGAGGUCCAUCAAAAUUUUGUGUUUAUAGGGUAGUAGGUAGGGUAUUAUAAAGUCGGCACCGCUCGACUUUUGCCCUUACUGGUUUUUAUUCAAAAAUAUCAUGUUGUAUAGGUUUAACACCCUUUAGCUAACCACCCAAACAGGAUAAAAGCGUUCCUAUAUCCCCUACCCGUCCACAGUAACCACAGCAGAAAGUUUAGCAAAAAUAAUAGUUUUAUGGUUCUUAAGAAUUUCACUCUUGUAUUGACUUGGCAAUCCCUUCAUAAUUCGUACAAUGUUUCUCCCAACGGAUGCUCACUUUGAUGAAUCAAAAUAAUCCCUUAAAAGUUAAACAUCAUUAACUUUUACUCAUUUUAAGUUAAUUUUUUCUUAGAUUUAGUUGCAGUGUUUUUGCUUUUGUUGUUUUUUUUUAAAUACAUUUUUAUUAUUGGACUGGUAGUUUUGUUUUGUUAUUAAUUUAAUUUUUGUUCUUUGAUAUAAGAGAAAAAAAACACACAUUAAUUUUAAACAUUUGUGUUAUUAAAUAAAUAUAUUUUUUAUAAUGUUAUCAGUAUAUAUUUAUGCUACCCCGAAAACUCGGAAUAGCUGAGAGUUGGAAAUAAAAAACAAACAAAAAUUACUAAGUAAUUUCUUCUAAGCGAAAACUUCACUGAACUCCUCUUAUAGCCCUCGUUUUAAAAAAACAAAACAAAUGUGCAAAUAUUUAUAUAUAUAAAUAUUUACAAAAAAGCUUGAAAUUUUUUGAAAAUUUUUACGCAGAACUAUGUUUCAAUAUUUAUGUAUAUUUUAUAAAUUUUCCUUCCAUUUCCUUAUUAAACAUAUACACAUAUUUUUUUUCAAUUUUAUUUGUUUUUUUUUUUAUUCACAAAACUUGCAAUAGCAGCAGCUUUAAAAGGUUUUUUAAAAAAUGGUAAUUUUUAAAAUUACUUUAAUUCAUUUUUCUUUGAAUAGUUUAUUUUAAGAUUUGUUUUUACCUGUUUUUUUUCUAUUUUAUAGAUAAUCGUAAUUUUAUAACUAUGUUUAAAUUUAUUCAUGUCAUUCUACUGAUUUGCUUUCACAAGGCAAACAUUUCAUAUAUUCAAAAUCUUGUCUCUUAUUACCAUCUUUGAAGAAUUUAGUUAAGGUAAAACGGCUGGAGUGUUGGGCUCAUGCUUCAACUGUGAGUUCUUUGAUAUUUUUUAGGUUCAUGCCUUGUAAUACAAAUGCAAAUUAUCCCAUGAACAAUCCAUUAAGGAACAGUGGCGAUACUUCUCUUACAUGGCUUAUUAACUCACAAGUGUUGCCAGCACUAGGGGAGAUAAGCACCACUGCGAAGUUUUUCUGCUGUUCUCGCCGGAAUUUGAACCCAGGCAUUCAAUGUUAAAGGCCGACAUGCUAAAUUCCCCAGCAAAAUGUUUGCUUCCAAAGAUGUAGAAAAAAUUUAGUUUUUGGGGAUCCGGAUGUACUCCACACCAUAGGCUACCAUAGCGCAUAGAUUAGCAUGUCCGCCUAUGACGCUGAACGCCUGGUUCGAAUCCUGGCGAGAUCAUCAGGAAAAUUUUCAGCGGUUGUUUUCCCCUCCUAGUGCUGGCAACAUUUGUGAGGUACUAUGCAAUGUAAAACUUCUCUCCGACACACAAGGGAUGUCCCCAAUAUUUGCAGUGCAUUGGCCCGCCGCUAGGCUACCCCGUUUCAUAGAGAAUUUUUACAUGUCUGAAGGUCUCACAUAUGAAAAGUAUCUGCAUGUUUAAGAACGCAGUCCGUUCUCCUCACAGUUCCGCCCGCAACAACUGCCUCUUACAAAGCAGGUCUACAGGAUAUCCUCCAAGAGGCGGUAAUGCUGGGUGGGUGCUGUUGUUGUAGCUACAUUUUCAUGUGGAGGUGGCGAUCAUCGUCAGGCUUCUAUGGAUGAGAAAGCUUAUUCCGGUCUUAAGAACCGAACGCCUCGGGAACAGGGUGGCCAUUGGUUACUUAAAGACGACAGUUAAUAACCUUGUCAUAUCGAGCAUUAUAGGCACUCAGUAUUUGUACAAGAUCCAGUGCCGCCCGGCCUCUCAUUGAGACUCUCCGCUCGAUACCGCUGAUUGUCCAAGACUACCGUUGCAGCUUCUCCGUAUGGAGCCUUCCACUAUCCGCAGCCUGUGGACUCGCCCAGUAGCUCGUAACUUAGCUUCUCGUGACAGCAAUUAACACCACACAAAUAGGACCUCAAUGUUCCAACCUGUGUGGUGCCCACAACUAUGCCUUACAGAGUUGGUGGGCGCUCACCACCCAUUGCUGAUGACGAGAAAUAACUGCCCAAGAGGACCAGAACUACUCUGGCCUACAUGGCAUUCGGAUGGUGUAACAGACUGAACUUGAAUCGUUCAAGUUUAGACGAUACUAUUACAAAUAUUUGCCCUGCGUUUGGCACUACACCCCAUGACACCAAACACCGAGGCACUAUGGACCGAUUCCGUUGAAGUAGUCAGAUUUCUAGAGCUGUAUCUAAGAACCAUUGCCGGGUCAGGAUGAUCUCAGAGAAAACAAUUGACUAGUAAUUCAAAAGAAGAAUCGAUACAAACAACAACAAAUUCUCAGUACCUUUGAUUUAACUCCCAUACAGUUCCGAUUGGUCUAUAUGGCCCUUCGUGGCAUUUUUUUGGGGUGGGGAGGCUCUCUCGACGCCCUGGAUUCUUCUUUUUUUAUCAUAUUUUGUACUCUACUACCAAACACCUUUCUUUUGAAUCUCAUAUUCUGACGAUCGGUAUAAAUGACCGUUUUGGGGGGUUUUUAGGAUGGGACGUUCCCCUCAGAUACUUAACCCCAAGUUUAAACAUCAGAUUCGAGUUUUUGAAGUGCUUUUAGAGUACAAACGCACAUUUGCCUAAAUCGGUACUCCUUUAGUGUUAUCAUCCCAUUUUCUGGGAGGGGGCCUAUAAACCCCUAUGAAAAUCAAUAAAACGAGUGGAUAAAAUAGUGGAUGCCCCUCGUUUUUUUUUCAGUAGAGGUUGCUAUAUAUAAAGGCAUCAUUGUUUAAAAUUUCAACUAAAUCGCAUAAGAUUUGCGAUAAAAGAUAAAAAUACCUCAAUAUCGAGCUAAAACUCUUUACCAAAGGAAAUUUAACUACUACUAAAUUUCCCAUGAACAUUCCAUUAAGGAACAGGGGUAAACUUCUCACAUACCAAUGAGUGCUGUCAAAUUCAAGUUUAAACUCAAUGAUAAGGGGCUUCCUUUUUAUAGCCGAGUCCGAACGGCGUGCCACAGUGCGACACCUCUUUGGGGAGAAGUUUUUAGAUUGCAAAGUAUUUCACAAACGUCGCCAGCUUUAGGAGAGCAUAACACCCGCUGAAUAUUUUUCUGAUUUUCUUGCCAAGAUUUAAACCCAGGCGUUCAGCAUCAUGCUUACCUCUGCGCUACUACGGUAGCCUCCGAAUCUGGCAGCACCCAUAUAUUUGAGAUGUCUUACCUUCGUUUAAGUGUUAAGGCUUCAGCUAGAUUUUCUGCGUAAAAUUUUUCCUUAUUAAAAUACAAUGGCUGUUUUUUAUCCUUAAAGCAAGCAUUUUUGCUUCGACCUUUUAAGCCUGCACAGUCAUCCUUCCUCAAAACGACGACGCACGAUUUUAUUUUCGAUCUAAAAUAAACACAUUUAUUUUCGUUUGUUUUGAUUUUUGUUUCAUUUUAAGUAAAAAAUGUCCUAAAUAAAAAAAAAUUAACUAGAUUUUGGUUCUAAUUUUUGCUCACGAUGCAAUU